GAUGCCGCAAAGUUUUGACGUGCAAUACUGAAAAAUAACACGAUAGGUUCGUGGAAAAGGUAAUCGAUAACAUGGCAACUGAAAUCCCGGAACGUUUGAUUAUUGGCCCAAAGAAUGGUGUGGUCUACCCGCUCACCGUAUCCUACUGCGGCAAUUGUUCGAUGCCCCUAGAGUACUGUGAAUACUACCCGGACUACGAGAAAUGCAAACAGUGGUUGGAGAAAAAUCUACCAGAUGAGUUCGAGCGGAUGAAGAUGGGUGGCACAGGCCCUGAGGGUGGCACCGCCACUGCCGGAUCUGGAACCGCUAAUACCUCCGCCGAGCCAGCCGAUGCGGAUGACGAGAAAAAGCGACAGAAACGCGGCGGAAAGGGAAUGAUGAAAACUAAAAAGACCAAGGAAGAAGGACCGAAAAAAGUCUGCCUAUCGAGGUCUGCCCGCGGUCGUAAGAAAUCCGUAACGGUGGUUACGGGCCUGGCCACCUUCGAUAUAGACCUGAAGCUGGCGGCCAAAUUUUUUGGAACUAAGUUUGCCUGCGGUUCAUCUGUAACAGGAGACGACGAGAUCGUCAUUCAGGGCGAUGUGAAGGAUGACCUAUUCGACAUUAUCCCGGAAAAGUGGCCCGAAAUCGAUGAAGAUUUUAUAGACGACCUCGGCGAUCAGAAACGGUGAAGCGUUUAUGUGAUGAUGCUCAUGGCGGCGAAAGGGCAACAACCUCAUGAUGAUUGAUGUAAUGUGAUUAUUUAUCUGAUUCGUUGUCGAAAUACAUAGCUGCUGCACUUCAA